AUGGCGCGACCGGGAAGCGCAGAAGUUGCCGGUGUUCGUGUACGGUGGUACCGAGGACUACAAUCCGGGGAGCCAGGUGCAGCUGCACUUUUUCGAGCCGCGCUACCGCGUGCUGAUCCGGCGCGCGUGGGAGGGGAACCGCCGGUUUUUGUGCUGCAAGAAGGAGCCCUUGACCGCGGGCGACCGGGCUGUGGUCGUGGAGAUCGGAAUGGCCCAGUUUCUACCGGACGGGCGCGCGAACAUCGUCGGGAAGGCGCUGGAGCGGGUCCAGCUCCAGACCUGUUGGGUAGAGCAGAACAGCGAGGGGCUGUGGUACGCAAAAGUCGCGGUCUCCACCCCGGAGGAAGCCGGGCCGCGCGGUACGACGGUGAUUCGCAUGGCGAACCCCGGCGGCGGAGCGGAUGGCGAGGCCGGCGGUGCGACGACCAUCAUCCACCGCAGCGCCAAUCCGCAGGGCGGCGGUGGCGGUGGGUUUUUCAACACGUCCUCGGGGGGGAGCCCGGGGGACAGUAA